AUGGUGUCGACAGCUACUUUGAAAAAACAUACAACAACUACAAAUACACCGUCCCCCACUACUCAUACCAAAAGAAAGUUGCAUGAGUUGGGUGACAUUUCCAAUACCCCUACCCACAAGCAACAGAAACAACAACACAAUUCUCAUCGUCAUCACGACACCAAUAAUAGUUCGUGGCAGCGUCGACAGCGACAACAGCAACUGACUAACGACAUGAAGUAUAUGAAUGAUGACGAUAUCAGCACACCAAAAAGUAAGAGGUCAAUGACGUCUUCUACUAAUUCCACUCCUGACAAACCAGUCACUAGACUGAACCUGAAACACCAGAUGUUAGUACAACAACAGAGGCAAAAACAGGGGGCAAAAGACGAGGAAGGAGCGCAAACACAACCCCCAUUAAAGUGCAAGAUUAAGCGUCAACUUCACUCUUCUGGUGACCAAGAGAACUAUACUCAUCAAGUAGAACAACAUCGUCAAACAUCGCCUUCACCUACUGAUAUUUCGUCACCACCAGCUAUGAAUCAAGAUGAAGAAUAUAUGUUGCAGGAAAUAACUAAGAAAUCCCAAUAUUUUAACCAGCCAAUGUCAAAUCACGUUGACAACGACAGUGCUGACCAAAACCAUCAACAGCAACGUUAUCAUCAACACAGGCGCUGCAAGUCAGUCACUUUUAAACUCCCACAUGAUGAAGAAAAGGGGUUUGAGAGCUCACCAUUGUUGACACCAAAGAAUGAUGAUAGCGACUUGGAAGAAGAGAUAUUAGCUAGACAUAAACAACAAUUGCAAAUACAAAAGGAACAAGAAUUGGUGUCAGUAUAUCCCUCAACUCCACCAGAAUCUUUUCAACAUGACGAAGAAGAUGAGGAUGUUAUGAAUGUGGACGAAGUUGAAACAUCACCAAUGGAGCAAGUCUUUUCUCCACAAUCACAAUCACAAUCUAUGGCUCUGGAAGCUAAAUCUGAAAUACAACAACAACUGCUGUCUGAUAUAUUAUCGAAAAACACCGACUAUAUUUCCCUUUCAUCCACUUUAACACUAAUUCAAAACCAACGUGAGCAAAUUGAACAAGACAUUGUACAAUUAUCACAACUCAAAUCACAAAUCAAUACAUCUUCAAAAGAAGAUACAAUUAAAUUUGUUACAAAGUUAUUACAAGGUGGAAAUCAAUUGGAUUUACCUGAACCAACUCCAAUUGUAACUUGUCCAUAUAUACAAUGGGAAAAAUAUCAUCCUACUUUGGCUAAUAUAUCACUUGAUUUACAAGCAGAAUCAAAUAAAUCAAACAAAAACGACCUUCCUUUUAAAUUUGUCAUUUAG